AGUCACUCAGAUGAAUGUCAGGUGCUCGAGCAAAUUAUUCCGCACUUUCUUUCAGUCGAUGGUUAAUUAAGUCAGAAUAGGAAAAAUCUCGUCCAGACUGCUUGGUGCAUCUCGGAGGAGGCGAGUUGUUCCUGUGAUCGUGGCUUGGAACAUCAAGACUUCCGUGUGUCGUAAACAUGACCGUAGGAAGCGACGGCUUCGAUCCCAGAGCCGAUGUCACGUCUCAGCCUAAACGUCCUGCUUUAUCCUGGGGACUAAUGAUCAGGAAGAAGGUGAAAGGCAUGGCUCCUUCUCUUGGCAAAUUCAGGCCGCUGGUGGGACAGUGCUGCCAUCAGUGCACCCCGGAUAGUCUGGGUCGGAAACUGCUGCAGAACGUUCCUUCUCUUGGCUUCCAGAACCUUCUGUACGUAACGGAAACACACACCAGGUAUCGAGGAUGGCUGGUUAGAAGAGUGUGUUGCGUGCUGUUUAUCUGCAGCCGUAACGUCGACGCUGGUCCUGCCGGAGACAGGCUGCUGCGGAUCUGCGACACAGACAGGGUGAAGCGGAUCCUUGCUCCACAGAUCAGUGUGAAAGAGUGUGUAGACGACACCAGAAGGAUUCUGACUCUCACCGAGACGUUUCAGUCUCCGACCCUGAUACGGUUGGUGAGCUGGUUGCUCUUGCGCUUCUUCUCUCUGAUGUUCUGCAGCGUGCAGGUGAACCUCAGCCAGAUGACCGCUCUCCACCGGGCCAAAGAGCUGAACAUCCCGCUGAUGUACGUGUACAUUCGUCAGAAUGUUGUUGAUCAAGCUUUGAUCUCUCUGACUCUUCUCUGUCACAACCUGAAGGUUCCCUACAGCGUCUAUCCAGCUCAUGUUCACAACAGAUGGAUGAGGGUUAUCCUGCAGCAACUGGGCAUCAUUUUUCUCCCUGAUCACGCAGCCACGGUGCAGGAGGCAGAAUCCCACAGCCUCUACUCUCCCGUCAUGACCUCGCUGGUUGGCGAGCUGCUGAAAACGGGUGAGAGUCUCAGCGUAGGUGUGUGUGAGGACAGCGCAUGUGGAGGACAGUGGCUUGCUCGGGUCCGUCAGGCUGUGGCCGAGGGUCUGGUGCCGGAUGUGAGCCUGGUGCCAGUGGGUAUCUCGUACGACCACCCUCCUUCAUGUCAGUCCACAUCUUCACAGCCUGGCGUGCUGUCUGUCCUGCGGUUUAUGCGUUCCCUUCUGAGUGCUGAUGAAAGAGGAGGUGUGAGGAUCCAUUUCGCUCAGGCUUUCUCUCUGAAGGAGAUGUGUGACAGUGGAAAAUGUCAUGUGGAUGGACGACGCCCCCUACAGGACCUCUUGCUGCCAGCUGUCCUUCACAACAGGAAGGACACCAUAUAUGGACAAAAAGAUGUUUCCUGGAUCCUCCCCUCUACUGUUCUACCUGAGCUGUCACACAGCGAGAGGCAGCUGAGCAUCGCAUUGACACUGCACCUGAUGCAUUCGGUGACCAGCAGCAUGGCUGUGAUGUCUAGCAGCAUCGUGUCCUGUUUGCUCCUCCAUAAACACCGCAGGGGAGUGCGGGUGUCUGUGUUGUGUAAAGAUUUGUGCUGGCUGUUGGACGAGGUGUUGUUCAGACGCUGUGAUGUUGGAUUUGGAGGCUCUGUGCUCAGUGUGGUGUUUCACGCUCUCUCUGUGCUGCGUCCGCACCUGCUGAUGGCUGCAGCGCCCCCGUCAGGAGAGCCGCUGGUGACGGCUCGGCCCGACCCACACUCGCUGCUCGCCCUCGGCAGGCACAGCCAGCUUCUCACACACGUCUUCCUCACCGAGGCUGUGGGAGCCUGUGCCGUCUCUGCCUUGCUGUGUGAGGUGGCAGGAUGUGGAGGAGGAGAGAUGGAGUUUGAUGUUGCACUUGGUCAAGAGGAGCUGACUGAAAAAAGCCUACAGCUUACACACCUACUGCCAGCUGGGUAUAUACCACCCUGCCAAACAGCAUACGGGUUUGCUGUGGAUGCAGUGGACAGCAUGAUAAGCUGCGGGCUUCUCAUCAUGGAGGAGCGGGAUACUCCAGUGUGUGAUUUCUGGAAAAGGCAGGGUGUUUUCUCAUGGACUGCUUCAGACGACCCUGAACACAGCAGUGAUUCAGAGUUUGAAGACCAGAACAACCGCACAUACAAGUUGAGUCAGACAUCUGAGUGUCCCGAGCUGCUGUUCUUUUUCUCUCGAUUACUGAGUGUACAGCUGAGGGCGCUCUGCUGGGCUAUAGAGAGCCUGGACCUGCUGUCCUUUCCCCUUACAGAGGCAGCGUGUGUGACUCAACUCCACACUCACCUGAGAAGCAAAGCUCAGCUGGACAGAGUGCACCACGAGAGCUCCUCGAUAAAGCUGGUGAGAAUGGCCCUGCGAACCCUGACUGAUUUUGGUGUGCUGAUGGAGGACCGGCAGAGCGAAGCGGUGUAUCUAGAGAUCAGUCCUCCUUUCCUCCAGGCUGAGAACAAAUACAAGCUGUUCCAGUUCGUCUCGCAGUUCCUCUACAGCUCAGCGAGGAAAAAACGAGUCUCUACACUGCUUCAGGGUUUAGUUUAA